UCAUAGAAGAAGACGAUGAGCAGAGAGGGGAUAUGGGGUGGUUCGAUGGAGAUAGAAACAGAAAAUCCGGCCGACGACGACGACAGAAAUAGUAGCUUCGGUAGGUCGUCGUAUGGGGCUCCUGACGAGGAGGUUAAGCGAAGCUGGUUGCUUAGGCCUGAAUCUGAUAGUGAUAGGACCAAAAUUAAGAAACACACUCCCUGUGUUAACAUGCUCUUUCUUAAAAACUUUCUCAUCGUCGUCGUUUUGGGCACCAUUAUCACCAUCAUCGUCGGACUCGCUAGUACUCGCCGCCACCAUAACUACCUUCCCAAGACCGAUAACAACACCGUUGCUCUUCAUCACGCGCUCUUCUUCUUCAACGCUCAGCGAUGUAUGUUUAUAUAUGUAAAUGCGCUCUCUUUCUCUCUCUUCUCUCUCUUAUAUCCAUAUUUAUUUUAUUUUUUUGUCAUUUUUGUAUGUAUAGCUGGAAGACUCCCCGAGUACAAUAAUGUGUCAUGGAGAGGCGAUUCUUGCUUGAACGACGGCGUUUUAAAUAGCAAUAAUCUGGUGGGUGGAUACUAUGAUGCAGGAGACGCAAGUAAAUUCCAUUUCCCAGCAUCUUUUGCCAUGACCAUAUUGAGUUGGAGCGUGAUUGAAUACAGUGGAAAGUACGAAGCAAUUGGAGAGCUUGACCAUGUCAAAGACAUCAUCAAGUGGGGCACAGAUUACCUUCUACAGACCUUCGAUUCCUAUGCUCCUUCCGUAGCCAAUGUGGUUUCACAGGUUGUGGGAGGAGACACUUCUUCAGGAGGAACUAAUUCUCGGGACCAAGACUGUUGGAUACGCCCUGAGGACAUUGACAGCCACCGCACUGGACAGGAAUGCUAUAACUGCCCUGCUCUCGCUGCCGAAAUGGCGGCUGCUUUAGCUUCUGCGUCCAUUGUUUUCAAAGAUAAUAGCCAGUACUCAAAGAAACUUGUCCAUGGUGCUGACUUACUCUUUAAGUUUGCUACGAAAGGACAAGGUGAAAACUAUAGCGGCAGUGCAGAUCCACCUUCGGCAUUCUAUAACUCCACUGGUUUCUGGGACGAGUUCAUGUGGGGUGGGACUUGGUUGUACUUUGCUUCUGGAAAUUCAUCAUAUCUCAAUCUUGUUGUUAAUCCUGUUCUUGCUCGGCUUGAAAAUGCUUUAUGGACAAGCUCUGAUCGUGGGGUUUUUAGCUGGAACAACAAGCAUGCUGGGGUUUAUCUACUUCUUACCCGCCUCAGGAUCUUCCUAAAUUUUGGAUACCCAGAAGAAGCAAUGUUAAGCAAAUAUCACCAGCAGAUUGAUGAUAUCAUGUGCUCUUACCUUCCAGUUUUCCCAAGCUUCAAUAGAACAAACGGAGGCUUGAUCCAGUUAAAUCAUGGAAAGCCUCAGCCUCUGCAGUAUGUGGUAAAUGCAGCUUUUUUGGCCAAGUUAUACAGUGAUUACCUUGAUGCUUUGUUAGUACCCGGAUGGUACUGCGGACCGACUUUCUAUCAGACAGAAACUCUACGUGAUUUCUCCAACAGCCAAAUUGAUUACAUUCUCGGUAAAAAUCCUCAAAAUAUGAGCUAUGUUGUUGGAUUUGGUGAACAUUUUCCCAAACAUGUGUACCAUGAAGGUUCGUCAAUUCCCAGCAACAAGACCAAGUAUAGCUGUAAAGAAGGAGCCAAAUGGAGGGAGAGUUCACAGGCAAAUCCAAAUACAAUUGUUGGAGCCAUGGUUGCCGGUCCUGAUAAGAAUGAUGUUUUCCAGGAUAUUCGUUCCAACUACAACUACACAAAGCCAAGCCUAGCGGGGAAUGCAGGUCUAGUUGCAGCACUUGUGGCUUUGUCUGGUGGAACAAAAAGUACUGCUGGUAUUGACAGAGACUCCAUCUUCUACAAAGUCCCUCCAAGCAGUUUGCUUCCACUGCCUUCUCCAUCGCCGUGGAUACCACCAUGAGUAGCUUUAGUGAUAUUCUUCAUCUCUCUAUUGUUAACAAGAUCAUGUGAUCUAGAAGUAGACAAAUUUGAUGAA